CGCGUCUUCUUCCUCAGGCUGCUUUCGCUUCAUCGGGCUCAUUCUUAACCUGUGAACACAGCAGAACAGGCUGGAUGUAGCAAUUGCGGCGAAAGGGUUUGCUCCAGGGUAAGGUAAGCCGGCUUUCAACUGGCGAUGCCAUCCAGGGCUCCAGUUGUCGUAGACUCAAGCUCACUGCUGCAACUACGUACCGCGUCGUCAACCAUCAGCAACCACUUGCGCCUAGCCCGAAAAUCGAUAUUGUUCGAAUGAUCUAUCCUUAAAUCACUCUCCCUGAUCUUAUUGAUGCGCUAAAAUGAGCGAGCCGCAGCGCACUUCGAGCCAAGGCCACUCCAGAAACAAAUCCGUCACCAAAUCGAGACCUCGAUCGUCGACCAAGGGACCACUAGAUGUCGACGAUGAUCCCCUAACAGCCUCUUCCACCCCAAAGUCCAACCUUUCUCCAGCGCAGUCAGCCCCAAGGCGGACCUCAAGAUCACCAGGUGCCCGCCUCCCAGUCACACAAGUCGGCCAGCCCCAGGCCAAAGACUUCUCCUUCCUCCUCAAACCAGAGAUCUACCAUCCCCUCCCGCCACAAAAUAUCCCAGCAGCCUUUCGCAACUCCGACAAGCAGCCCGGGACAGAGGUGCCCCUCGAGGAGCUCCUCGAAAGAGGGCACUUGCGCGCCGCAGCGAUCGCGGCGGUACAGGAACUCACUGGGUCAGGUGCGACGCGGCCUCCCGAUCCAACGGACUCGAAACGGAUCUUUGAGCUGCUCUAUACACGGCUAGCGUGCUUGACAUUGAUUGAUGCGACGCAGGUGGCAGCUCAAGAAGUGAAAGCCCUCGAGGAUCUGAACAACACCCGUCUGUACGUCGAUGAGGCCACGGGCGAGCACCUGGUGCCAUGGGAGCUACGCGUCUUGAACGUGCGCCUGCAAGCGCUGGGAUUUGGAGACAUGAGGAGAUCUAUUAUGAGCUACCACGAUCUCGCGCGUGAGUCACGGUCACGUAUUGCGAAGGCUACAAACGAUGAGGAGCGGCAGUUGUGGAAGGCAAGACUGCACCAGCUAGGUGUCAAGGUGGCCGGCGCCCUGGUGGAGAUGAACGACGCCGCGGGUGCGGCAGCUCACCUAAAGGGCCUGCAUGACAAUGGAGAUGGGAAGAUGGCCUUGUCGAAAGCUCUGGUGUGGCUUCAGCUAGGGGAUGUGGACAAUGCUCGAAGGUGCGCUGCAGCACAUGGUGAUGCCGAAACAGUCGGGGACAUCAUCCUGGCGCUAUGCGACAUGGCGGAUACCAAAUACGAAGCUGCCCUGGAGAGGUGGGAGGCGCUCAGGGAAGAGAGCCAGGACGAGAUGGUUGGCGUCAAUGCAGCAGUUUGCCUGCUUUAUCUGGGGCGAUUGCAGGAGGGCCGCGAGAUUAUGGAGGAACUCAUCAACUCUGGGUUCUCUUCACAUACUCUUCUGUUCAACCUAUCGACAGUAUAUGAACUCUGCGCUGAGAAGAACCGCAACCUCAAGAUGGCGCUGACAGAGCGGACGGCUGCCAUGGCCGAGGGCCCUGCUGGAUGGGAGAAGCAGACGGCAGACUUCAAGCUUUAGAGCCAGUCAAUUCAAACACUUUCGUGAAAAAGGCUGAGAUGACUUGCACACCGCUGUGGCGGGCACAUAUUCGACGGAAGUAUUCUUUCCGGAAUCAGAGUGUAAAUGCGAAGCGCAUCUUGCCUUGCAAGGCAGGGUACCUGAUGGAGCGUUGUGUUAGGCUCACCAAGGUCUGAGACGCCCGCAAAACCACUCCAUGCUUCUCCUGCCUCGCUGUGAGCUUCACACUUCAAGGAAUCCUCAUCAAUCCAC